AUACGUCACGACGCCAUGACAUUAGUUUCGCAGAUCCCUUUUAGAUCGUGGAAGGAGUGGAACGUACUUUUCGUUAAUUCUGCUCCUCAAUAUACUGAUUUAUUCAAGAAUAUCAACCUAUUUUCAAAUUAAAAGUACUACAUAUCUGCAUGAGAAUGGCAUACCGUGAUCGCGAACGUGGUGACAGAAGAGGAGGUGGAGCACGCGGAGGUGGUCGUUUUGGUGGUCGGGAUGGAAGUAGUGGAGGUAGUAGAUUUGGUAGCAGUUCCAAUAGAGAUAAUAGUUUUGGAAACAAUAACUUUAAAAAUCGUCAACCUGGUGAACGGCUUCGUAAACCAAGAUGGGAUAUGAAUACGUUACAGCCAUUUAGAAAAGAUUUUUAUCAGCCGCAUCCUAAUGUAUCCACCCGAACUACACAUGCAGUUGAAGCUUAUCGUUCGGAUAAAGAGAUUACUGUAAAAGGAACAAACGUGCCAAGUCCGAACAUAUUCUUUGAAGAAGGUGGAUUCCCAGAAUAUGUUUUAAACGAAAUUCGCAGACAAGGUUUCGGAGAGCCAACCGCAAUUCAAGCACAAGGUUGGCCUAUUGCUCUGUCUGGCCGUGAUAUGGUUGGAAUUGCUCAGACAGGAUCUGGCAAAACAUUAGCAUAUAUUUUACCAGCCAUUGUACAUAUAAAUCAGCAACCUAGAUUAAAUCGUGGCGAUGGACCUAUAGCUCUUAUUUUAGCACCGACGAGAGAACUUGCACAGCAAAUUCAACAAGUUGCAUCAGACUUUGGGGUUUCGUCUCAAGUGAGAAACACGUGUAUCUUCGGUGGAGCUCCAAAAGGUCCUCAAGCUAGGGAUUUAGAGCGAGGUGUUGAAAUUUGUAUAGCAACACCAGGACGUCUUAUUGACUUCCUAGAACGUGGUACAACGAAUUUACGUAGAUGUACAUAUUUAGUACUAGACGAAGCCGAUAGAAUGCUUGACAUGGGCUUCGAGCCCCAAAUUAGGAAAAUUGUAGAACAAAUCAGACCCGAUAGACAAACUCUUAUGUGGUCAGCGACGUGGCCAAAAGAAGUUCGUAACCUUGCGGAAGAAUUUUUAACUGACUAUAUACAAAUUAACAUUGGUUCUCUGCAAUUAGCAGCUAAUCAUAACAUUCUUCAAAUUGUCGACGUAUGCGAAGAGUUUGAGAAAGAGGGUAAACUUAUGAAACUUUUGGAAGAAAUUUCAAACGAGCCAGAAAAUAAGACAAUUAUUUUUGUUGAAACCAAGAGGAAAGUGGACGAUAUAACGCGUGCAAUUAAUAGGUACGGAUGGCAAGCAAUUGGCAUCCAUGGAGAUAAAAGUCAACAAGAAAGAGAUUAUGUAUUAAAUCAAUUCCGGAAUAGCAGAUCUGCCAUUUUAGUAGCUACGGAUGUUGCAGCGAGAGGAUUAGAUGUGGAGGAUGUUAAGUUUGUGAUAAAUUUGGAUUAUCCGUCCAAUUCUGAAGACUAUGUGCAUCGUAUCGGACGUACGGGACGUUCACAGCGUACAGGAACCGCGUACGCAUUUUUCACACCUGGUAACGCACAUAAGGCUGGUGACUUAAUUCAAGUUCUGGAAGAAGCAAAACAAGUUGUGAAUCCUAAACUGUACGAAUUAUCAAGGAAUCCAGGCGUUUAUAAAAGAGGUCGUUAUGGUGGACGUAGUGGAGGUGGUAGUGGACGUGGUUCCGGAGGUCGUGGAGGAGGUUCUCGGGGUUCUCGAGGAGGCCGCGAUGGAGACAGAGGUGGACGGUUUGAUCGUUCGAACGGAGGCGGAGACCGAGGAAAUAAAUGGAAUGGAAAUAAUAGCAGUUUAACUUCAAAUAAAAAUUGUGGUAUAGGAGGAAGCAAUUACGGUAGUAAAACUUUCUCACAAAAUAGUUAUGGUGGAGCUUCUGGUGGUGGCUCCAGCAGUUACAGUCAGAAUGGCAGUGGGUACGGAGGAAGUGGGGGAGGAGGUGGUGGAAGUAGUUAUAGGCAACAAAAUGGUUAUUAAUUUAAAAACAAUUAAUUUUAAACAAAAGUUUUAUGUAAUAUAGUGAAAAAAAGAAAAGAAACAGAAGAAGCAAUGUCUUACUUGAAAUAGAACAUUUUCAAUAUAACAUGCUUCUUAUUUGAAUACAGAGUAAAAUACAUGUGGUAUUAUUGCCGAUGAUUGAUCAUAUUAACAAUUUCGGUUAUGUCGAUUCAAGGACAUUCAUAAGCAUUCUCUUUUUUUUAGUGAAAAAAGAAAAUAUAUAUGUAUAAGUGUAACAGUAGGUAGAUUAUUAUUAAUGACAACUUCUCAUUUAUGAUUCUUGCAACUGCAACUGUUUAUUCGCUCAAAACAGAAUUUAUUGUUUAUCGGUCUUAUAAAACUUACGAUUUAUUUUAUAUACAUCAAAAAAGAAGAAAUUUUAUUUUGCAAGAUCCAACAGCAAUGCCAGUUGGUAUUUGCUUCUUAAAGUAAAUCACCUUUAAGAAGCAAAAAGUUAUAUUAACUUAAAAAAUAAUUUAUAAUAAAUUGUUUUGUAAUAGAAAUUUAUUAAGUUGUAAGUGCAUGAAUCAUUAUUUAAAAACGUACAAUACAUUGCACUGUAUUAAACUUAAGAGGGUAUGGACACCCAGCGUAUUGUAGUAUUAAAAAUUUAAUAAAAUAGUAUAAGUAUGGAACCUAAA